AUGGUCGUGCCUAGGGCAGUGUGCGCCGACACCUGCGCCGCAUACCGUCGUCUCCUGGGCGCAGUGAAGCAGGUGACACGCGACUGCCCGCUGUACAGAAAGGAGGGGCUCACGCGAUACGUGGCUCUUCGUUUUUUUGACUCAGCCGAACAAAACCGCCGUCGUUACCUGCAACUUCGCGAGGAGAUGGUCUCGCAACGAGGCAGGGGCCGGCACAGGAAGCUGCAUGCGAUGGAGGCUCAAUACGAGUCCUUCAUUGCGAGAGAAUUGCAGAGGGUGCGGGAGGUGGCGGAACAGAUCCUCCUCGCACCGGGCAAUCGGACUCUUACUUCCAUGUUGCAGGUUCUCGCGGCGGGCGUUGGCAACUCAUACUAUCAGCAUACUGUGGAGCAGAACUAUUUUCAUUACUGCGAGUUUGAGAACAAGAGAAUGGAACGGAAUGAGGUGGAGGAGGAGGCGACGGCGGAGCGCCAAAAUCGCAUCAUGCAGCACGCCCUUAUUCCUUACGGUGAACGUCUUCUCUUCCUUCAUCGUCUGAACGUCAAACAUGACCCGGACAGUGCACAGGAGCAUGGCAGUCUGACGUCGUGGCAGGUAACAGAGGCUAUUAUUGGGACCCGAAGUGGUGUUUCUGCACAUCACAUGUCACAUGGAAAGGAGGAUGUAGUUGUGGAGGUUGACGAAACGUACAAUAAACAAAUUGUCUACGUGCGGUGUGAGCUGUACGACUGGGGUCGGGAGGUGGAACGGGUAGAAAUUACGGAGUCGGAGGAGGUACGCGGCACCGUCUUUCACGCAGAGUACUUCAGUGUGGCGCAACGUCUCUGCGAUGCCCUUCUGGCAGAAACCCCGUUGCACGCCUACCGUUCCACAGUCGUUGUUGGCCAUGGCGUUGGAGGGGCUGUGGGGUUUUGUUUGGCGCUUUUGCUGCACGCUCGUGGGUUUGAUGUAAAGAAUUGUGUGACACUUGGCGCGCCAAAGGCGGUUCAGAAGACCCUUGAGCGUUACAUUCAUGCCAUCAACCCUAUUCGUAUCGUGCUGGAGGGUGACCCGUUGAUUGACCUGCCGGUGACUGGGGCCGAGGGUGAUGCGUUCGUGCACUAUGGUGAGAUUUUGCUGAUGGCCUCCGCUGCGACGCCGCAGCAGGAGGGCGAUGAGGAGGGAGGACGGCAAGAGAUAAAUUUGACGGCUGCGAGUGGGACUCUCACUGCGGAGGCACUCAGUGACCUUUUAGACUCCGCGCAGCAUGUGCCGCUGGCGUGUGAGAUAAGUGAGACUGAGAGGGAUAACGAAGAACUACAGGUCGAAGGGGGACUGGAAGAAGAUGAAGAAGGCGCAUCGGAGUUUGGUCGGAUAGCGGCGGAACGGUAUGCGGCGGGCUUCUUGCCAGAGGACUAUAUCGGACGACUUGUCGACAUUACAGUGCCGUUAACGUAUGCCGAAGGUGACGAAGUGUGGGACGAGGGUGGCAACGCGAAAAUGUGGCGCGAAUCAGCGCUACAGCCUCACAUAUCCGGUUCACAUGGAUGA